GUAAGGGAGGAGGAGGGUGAGGGAAAAAAAUGAAGUCAAUUAUACAACACCCCGGCUCUCCGUAGCUCCCUCCUCUCCUCAUCUCCUCUGUGUUACUACUACAGCUGGUGGCUCCACAUGCGCCGCGGCGCUUCGUAGCCUUCACCGGGCACACCGGCAACAGUUCGUAGGCAUGUCGGCCGGUGGCUCUGAGGGGACGGCGGACAGGCCAGCAGAUCCCCCUGAAGAGGACAAAAAGCCAAGUCAAGCAGGCCCCUCGCUGCCAGCUGUCGAGCUGCCAAGGAAACGAAAGGGAGAUGUGGAGGAGAGGUCAGGCACCCAUGUACAGCAAAGCCUCGACAUCGAGAUGGAUGACGACCUCAGCAAAUCUGAAGGAGAGGAUCAGCAAGUCAAAAUGAAAUGCUUCAGGGAGCCUCAUCGCCAGAUUGAGAAGCGGCGACGGGAUAAAAUGAAUAACCUCAUUGAUGAGCUGUCUGCCAUGAUCCCUGCCUGUCAGCCCAUGGCUCGGAAGCUUGACAAGCUCACUGUGCUGCGGAAGGCUGUCCAACACCUGAAAGCCCUCAAAGCUGGGACGAGCAGUGCAUUCACAGACACCACGUACAAGCCUUCCCUCCUGCCUCAUGAUGACCUCAGGCACCUUCUGCUCAGGGCUGCGGAGAGUUUCCUGUUAGUUGUAAGUUGUGACCGGGCAAAAAUCCUCUUCAUCUCUGAGUCCGUCUCCAAGAUCCUCAACUUCAGCCGGAUGGAGCUGACUGGGCAGAGCCUGUUCGAUUUCAUCCACCCCAAAGACAUCAACAAGGUGAAGGAGCAGCUGUCGUCCUCAGAGUUGUACCCUCGCCAGCGCCUCAUUGAUGCUGCAACUGGUGCUCAGGUCCAGGCAGAGACCCCCGUCAGGGCAUCCCACUUGUCAACUGGGGCUCGGCGAUCAUUCUUCUGUCGCAUGAAGCACAGUCGGGUGGCAGGGAAACAUGAGGACAAAAGCUCAUCACUGCCCAGUACUUCCAAAAAGAAGGACACUUACAGAUACUGUACCCUCCACUGCACUGGAUACAUGCGGAGUUGGCCGAGCAGCCAGCUGGACUCAGAGAGCGACCCCGAGAAAGAAACCUCACACCUGACCUGCCUGGUGACGGUGUGCCGCCUCCACCCUCACCUGUCCCACCACCCUUCCAAAGACGUCAGUGUCAAACCCACUGAGUUCGUCACCCGCUGUGCGAUCGACGGCAAAUUCACUUUUGUAGACCAACAAGCCACAACCGUCAUUGGUUAUUUGCCGCAGGAAGUUCUUGGCACAUCAUGUUAUGAGUACUUCCACCAGGACGACCUGCAGCACCUCGCAGAGAAACACAGGCAAGUUCUUCGAAGCAAAGAGAAGAUUGAGACACAGUGCUACAAGUUCAAAACAAAAUAUGGCUCCUAUGUUUCACUCCAAAGUCAGUGGUUUAGUUUCACAAAUCCAUGGACCAAAGAAGUUGAGUUUAUCGUGUCUUUAAACAAGGUUAUGUCGGGGCUUGGUCACACAAAAGGUGAAGAGGAAGCAGGCAGCUCAAAAGCACUUCAGGAAGACACAAAGCAAAUACCCAUAAUUCCUGGCCUUUCCAGUGGUUUGGGCACAAUGAUCUACGCAGGCAGUAUAGGGACCCAAAUUGCAAAUGAGCUCAUCGACUCCUGCAGGAUGAACUCGUCUCCAUCAAGCGGAGCUUCCAGCCCGUUUGGCCCAGCCCAGGAGAAAGGUCCACUGGUUUCCCCUCAAACCAGCAAGAGUACAUCCAGCAGAGAGGAAACAGCGGGCAGUUCAUCACAGUCCCAGUCUGAUUCGAGGACAGCAGUGGGCGCUAGCAGUGCAACUUCUGAAAGUACAGGUGAGCCGUCCCAGCUAGACUUGGACAGCAUGGUGGUGCCAGGCCUGAGCAGCUUCAGUAGUGAUGAGGCAGCCAUGGCAGUUAUCAUGAGUUUGCUGGAGACAGAUGCAAACAUGGGUCAAUCGGGGGACUUUGAGGACUUACACUGGCCUUUCUAGAGGGUGCACAGAUUUUUGGCCCCUCUAUGCACUCUUGUGCCGUUUUCUUGCCGUUUGCCGAGAACUUAAGCAUUCAGUUGCUCAUUUUGUGACUGACUGGCCUUGCACAACUGAAGCCACUGGACUCAAGAGAUGCUGGCUGCAGACACAAGAUGGCGUCAACAGCGGAGGGCACGCGACUCCAGUGUGGGUGUUGUACCUUUUUGUGAUUUUCACAAGCCAUUAAAGACACCAGCAGGGUAAGUGCACCAUAGGUCAGUUACAGUCUGUCUUUGAAUGAGAGAAAAGCAAAAUCUGAGGAUUUAAUGCACAGCUCCACUAACAUAGAUGUUCAAACAGCAAUCGAGGGAUUGUAGCUCGCUAUUACAUAGCUAUUUAGUUGUGGUAACUGCAGCAAAUGUAGCCUACUAAUUGUAAUGUUAUUGAUAAGAUGGGACAGUGUUUUUCCUCAGUCUUCAUCACAUCUUGAGCAUCUGAGUUAGUGGAUUUGAGGUCUACAACUUUAUAUUCAAUCUGGCAAACAAGAAUACAUAGAUUUCAAUUAAUGAUGUUAACAAUAAAACUUCUCUCAAAGGGACAGAUUUCAAGAAUUGAAUUAAAAUGGGAAUUACUACUUUAACCAUUAAAGCCAAAUACAUUCCCCCUGAAGGUCAUGUGUCAGAGAUUCACCAUGUUGUGUCUGCAUCCCCCUCACUGGACUUGUACUAAAGGCUGCAACAUGUCAUACCUGAGGAAUCCAGACAGCAGGAUAGAAGUUUACGUUAAUAGGAAAUAUUGUGACUGUGACUGCCUUGUUGGUCCCCCGGCUCCUGCCUGAAGGAAAGUGAGGUUAAUGUGUUCCUGGAGCCUGUGGUGAUUCAGUGUCUUCUUCAGUGACACCUCCGCAUCCUCAAAGGGGCUUAAACACAGCCUUUCCACAGCAGAGUGAUCUAUCUGUUUUCUCUGAUGCCCCCAAUGAGUAACCAAGGUCUGGAGGAGAAUCAGACUCCCACCAUACGCUGUGCUGCUACAGAUACUUAUCAAACCUUUGACAUUUGUGAAAGCCUUGGUAACCAGUGAUGACCUACAUGUUUUUCAUAACAUGAUCUGAUUGUUCCAUUUUUUACUCUGUUUUUUUAAGAUCCCACAUUUUAAAUAAUGUAAAAAAAAAAAAAAAGAGAGAGAGACUCUGCUGAGGGUUUUUUUUUUUGUCUGAUAUUCAGUAGGUGCUGAGAAAGGCUAAAGAGAACAUCUACCCCUCCCUAACUGAGAGGUCCACACUAUUGAAUAUGCAAAUCUGGAUCUGUCUAUAACUUCUAGUACCCCACUUACUACCACUACUAGUCCAGUUACACUCAGAUUGUAGGUACCACAGCCACAUAUACUAAACCACAUUUACUAUGUGGUUUAAACUAAAGGAUAACUUUGGCAUUUUUGAACAGUAAUUUUACCUUGCAGAACACAGGCUUUGCUAAUCUACUGCUGUCUUGGUUUGUUAAUUUGUUUGUGUUAUUAUGUGACUUUCAGUGGUAGAAGUAUUCAGAUCCUUUACGUAAAUAAAAGUACCAAAUAGUAACACAAACCAAUUAACAGAUCGAGGCAGUGAUAUUUUAGCAGCUCCAACAUUUUGUCAAUGGAGUGUGGUAGAAAUAUAUAGAAAAGUUGCUGUUUAAACAAAGAGGGUCUUUCUCUUCAAUAACAAUGUCUAGUGUAGGAAUCCUGUCCAUAAUGUUGUCAAACACUCAUGACAAUCUGAACCUCUCAGUGCUUGCUCGGUACUGCACAGAUUCCAAAGAUUUUUGUCCCUAUCAUUCAUUUACAUCUGAAAACAUGGGAAAAUAAGGCCCUGGUUAGAAAAUAUCCUUAAAGUAAAGCUGAUUUCAAACAUGUCUUUAUGAAAAGAGAAAAAAGAGCAUGUCUGAGUUUGUUGGCACUUUGGAACUUUUACUGAAUUUGCUGAGCAACUCUUGCACACUUUGACUGUCGCAAAAUAAGUGUAUGAUCAGGAAAUAUAAGCCAAACUAAGUCUGACAAUAUGUGCCAGGUAAAGAAUCUAUUUGAUCGGUAAAGAAAUUAUUGGUCUCUGAAUUACAGGAGGCCAACAUCUGGCACCACCAGCACACACUGUCUGAUUUUACCAGCUAGCUACAUCUAACAUCAAUGAAUGCAAACACUAUCAAAAGCAACCAAGGAAAUAUGCCCCAUGGAGGAAGCUUUACAUUUGGACACAUUGUAAUAAAAUACAAUAGUAAAGUACAACAAGUAAGAAAUACUUGAAUAUUGAUUCCUGUUUACAAUUUUUGGUCCUAAGAUAAACAGCUGGACUUUAUAGCAAGACUCCCCUUUAAAAGACGAAUGUGACAAGUGUGUUAGGUGAACCCCACAUCUCAUCACAUUGAAAGUAUCCAUAGAGAAAAACACAUUUUUCAAUGGAGAGGGUCUUUUAAAUGGAAUAUUUCUCCAUAAAGUUUAUAAAUUGUUUUCAUAUUGAAUGUGCACUAAAAGACUGAGCCCUACUAUGCCUAUACUGUGUGCUCACAUAUCACAUAUUUACUGUACUCCAGACAGUUCUGUGAAGGUAAUCUACUGUACACUGAACUCCUCGGAAAAUGUAGAAGGUCCACUGAGGAUGUGAAAAUGUUUUCCAGUGUUAACAAGGGACAAGCCAAUAUUUUUAGACAAAUUUAAUACUGUGUGGUAUGUUAUGUAGCCCACCUUCUUAUUCCUCCUGUUGCCCCAAAACAGUCUUUGAACAGUCUACCACUGCACAGAAAUUAGCAAUAAUGUUGCAGUUUAUCUAUUUCUGAAUGUCCCAUUACCACAUCGGCCUCUUGUAAAAGCAGAGAGACCAAUUUUAACAUCAGCAGUUCAGCCACAAGGCAGGUUGAGGGUCUGAGAAAGGGGUAUCACCACAAGCAUGAAUUAUUCUAUUAUCAAGCUAUUUAUUUCCUUAUGACCCUACUUCAAAAUCAGUUGGUUAAUGCUAGCUAUCUGGGGUUGACAGGUUGAGGAGGGUGAGUGAAAAAAUGUAAUUAUAAAAUGACCAUUGAACUGUACUGUAGAGUGAUGUUAACAGUGCAUGUGAAGGUGGAUUUUACUUUAAACCCAGUGAUUGGCCUUCAUACAGCAAGUGUAAACUCUGGUUUUAUCACUGGUUCCUCUAGUCUUGAAAGCAUAAUGUGAUUGUAUUGCCUUGAACACAUAUUGUUUCAACAAAAGUUUCAAUUGUAAAUCAACCAUUAUGCACUCUCUUUGGCUUUAAAAGCAAAACUGUUGGUACUGGUCAAUAUUUGCUGUUGCCAUCAGUGCCAUUUGAAAUGGGCUCUAAAUCAUAUUGAACAAGCCCUGCUAUCAAAACAACAAAAUGUCUGAUAUUUGUACAAAUUGUUGUUAAUGUAUCUGCUGUAAGGAGGAAUGGAGGCUGAAGUCUUUGAAAGUAAAACAGUUUUUCAUAAA